GACUUCUCCCCUCCCUCCACACGAUGGGUGUCGGCUGGAGGACGCUGGCCCCGCUCUGGGCCCUGGCUCUUGCCCUGGCCUGCGCCCAGCACACAGGCGGAGCCCAGGAUGGCUCUGUGGAGUCAGCCUAUGAGCACCAGGACCUCCCGCUCAACCCCCAGGGGCCCGACGCCCACCCUGUCCUCGGAGUGACCAUCCUCCCGCCUCAGAGGACCACCCCCGUGGUGCGAGCCCUGAACCCGGCACACAAUGGGCGGGUGUGCAGCACAUGGGGCAACUUCCACUACAAGACCUUCGACGGGGACGUCUUCCGCUUCCCGGGACGCUGCAACUACGUCUUCUCUGCACACUGUGGCGCCACCUACGAGGACUUCAACAUCCAGCUCCGCCGUGGCCUGGGCUCCAAUGCCACCGUGCUGAGCCGAGUCACCAUGAAGCUCAGUGGCGUGGUCGUUGAGCUGACCAAGGACUUUGUCCUGGUCGAUGGGCACCCAAUUCAGCUGCCCUUCAGCCGGUCCGGAGUCCUUGUUGAGCACAGCAGCAGCUACUUGAAGGUGGUGGCCAGGCUGGGCCUGGUCUUCAUGUGGAACCAAGACGACAGCUUCCUGCUCGAGCUGGAUACCAAAUACGCCAACCAGACCUGCGGGCUCUGCGGAGACUUCAACGGUGUCCCCGUCUUCAACGAGUUCCUCUCCCACGACGUCAAGCUGACCCCCAUCGAGUUUGGGAACCUGCAGAAGAUGGAUGGCCCCACGGAGCAGUGUCAGGACCCCGUGCUCCCUGCACCCCCGAUGAACUGCUCCACCGGCAAUGGCAUCUGCGAGGAGAUCCUCAGCGGGAAGCUGUUCCUGGGCUGUAACCCCCUGGUGGACGCCAGCAGCUACGUGGACGCCUGCCGGCAAGACCUCUGCCUCUGCGAGCACACUGACCUAACCAGCUGCAUCUGCCACACCCUGGCCGAGUACUCCCGCCAGUGUGCCCACGCUGGGGGGCUGCCCCUGGACUGGCGGGGCCCUGACCUGUGCCCCCAGACGUGUCCCUUCAACAUGCAAUACCGCGAGUGUGGCUCCCCCUGUGCCGACACCUGCUCCAACCUGGAGCACUCCCAGCUCUGCGAGGACCACUGUGUGGCCGGCUGCUUCUGCCCCAAGGGGAUGGUGUUUGAUGACAUCAACCAGACUGGCUGCGUCCCUGUGUCCCAGUGCCCCUGUGUGUACAACGGGGUCACCUACGCUCCAGGGGCCGUCUACUCCACAGACUGCACCAACUGCACCUGCUCCGGAGGCCAGUGGAGCUGCCAGGAGGUUCCAUGCCCGGGCACCUGCUCGGUGCUGGGAGGCGCCCACUUCUCCACGUUCGACGAGAAGCUGUACACAGUGCAUGGGGACUGCAGCUACGUGUUGGCCAAGCCCUGUGACAGCAGUGCCUUCACCGUGCUGGCCGAGCUGCGCAGGUGUGGCCUGACGGACAGCGAGACCUGCCUAAGGAGCCUGACGCUAAGUCUGGGUGGGGGCCAGACGGUCGUCGUGGUCAAGGCCAGUGGGGAGGUGUUUGUGAACCAGAUCUACACCCAGCUUCCCGUCUCGGCAGCCAACGUCACACUCUUCAGACCCUCGACCUUCUUCAUCAUCGCCCAGACCAACCUGGGUCUGCAGGUGGACAUCCAGCUGGUACCCAUCAUGCAGGUGUUCGUGAGGCUGGCACCUGAGUUCCGGAGCCUGAUGUGUGGUCUUUGCGGGAACUUCAACCAGAACCAGGCCGACGACUUCCGGACCCUCAGCGGCGUGGUGGAGGGCACCGCCGCGGCCUUUGCCAACACCUGGAAGACCCAGGCCGCCUGCCCCAAUGUCAAGAACAGCUUCGAGGACCCCUGCUCCCUCAGCGUGGAGAACGAGAAGUUUGCUCAGCACUGGUGCUCAUGGCUGACGGACCCGCAAGGCCCGUUCACCCAGUGCCACGCCGCCGUGAACCCUGGCACCUACUACUCGAACUGCCUGUUCGACACGUGCAACUGUGAGAAGAGCGAGGACUGUCUGUGUGCGGCGCUGUCCUCCUACGUGCGGGCCUGUGCGGCCAAGGGCGUGCUGCUCAGCAGCUGGAGGGACGGCGUCUGCACGAAGCCCAUGGACACCUGUCCCAACUCGAUGACCUACCAAUACCACAUCAGCUCCUGCCAACCCACCUGCCGGGCCCGGAGUGACCAGGAUGUCACCUGUGGCGUCAGCUUUGUGCCCGUGGAUGGCUGCACCUGCCCUCAGGGCACCUUCCUGGACGACAUGGGCAAGUGUGUGCCAGCCAUCAGCUGUCCCUGCUACCACGGGGACACCGUGAUCCCCAACGGGGAGUCGCUGCAUGAGCGUGGGGCUGUCUGCACCUGCACGCAGGGCACACUGACCUGCAUCGGAGGCCCCGCCCCCGCCCCAGUCUGCGCCCCCCCCAUGGUUUACUCCGACUGCCGCAAUGCCACGCCUGGGGACGCCGGAGCUGGCUGCCAGAAGAGCUGCCACACCCUGGACAUGGACUGUUACAGCCCCCAGUGUGUGCCCGGCUGCGUGUGUCCUGAUGGGCUGGUGGCCGACGGUGAAGGUGGCUGCAUUGCUUCGGCUGACUGUCCCUGUGUGCACAACGGGGCCAGCUACCAGGCCGGCCAGACCAUCCGUGUGGGCUGCAACACCUGCACCUGUAAGAGCAGGAUGUGGCAGUGCACGGAGGAGCCCUGCCUGGCCACCUGCGCCGUGUAUGGGGACGGUCACUACUUCACCUUCGACGGGCAGCGCUACAGCUUCAAUGGGAACUGCGAGUAUACACUGGUGCAGGAUCACUGUGGUGGGAAUGGCAGUGCCCAGGACGCCUUCCGCGUCGUCACUGAGAACGUCCCCUGUGGCACCACGGGGACCACCUGUUCCAAGGCCAUCAAGAUCUUCCUGGGGAGCUAUGAGCUGAAGCUGAGUGACGGGAAAGUGGAAGUGAUCGAGAAGGGUGCAGGGCAGGAGGUGCCCUACUCCAUCCGCCAGGUGGGCAUCUACCUGGUGGUGAACACCGACGCCGGCCUGACGCUGCUGUGGGACAAGAAGACCAGCAUCUUCCUGAGACUCGGUCCCGAGUUCAAGGGGAGGGUCUGCGGGCUCUGCGGGAACUUUGACGACAACGCCGUCAACGACUUCACCACACGGAGCCGGUCUGUGGUGGGUGACGUGCUGGAGUUUGGCAACAGCUGGAAGUUCUCCCCGUCCUGCCCGGACGCCCCGGCCCCCCGGGACCCCUGCACCGCCAACCCGUCCCGCAAGUCCUGGGCCCAGAAGCAGUGCAGCAUCAUCACCGGCGCCGCCUUCACCGCCUGUCACGCCCACGUGGAGCCAGCCAAGUACUACGAAGCCUGCGUGACUGACGCAUGUGCCUGUGACUCGGGGGGUGACUGCGAGUGUUUCUGCACCGCUGUGGCCGCCUACGCCCAGGCCUGCCACGAGGUGGGCGUGUGCGUGUCCUGGCGCACUCCGGACGUCUGCCCCCUGUUCUGUGACUACUACAACCCCGAGGGCCAGUGUGAGUGGCACUACCAGCCCUGUGGGGCGCCCUGCCUGAGGACCUGCCGGAACCCCCGCGGCCAGUGCCUGCAGGACGCACGAGGCCUGGAAGGCUGCUACCCCAACUGCCCGCCAGAGGCCCCCAUCUUCGACGAGGACCAGAUGCAGUGCGUGGCCACGUGCCCAAUCCCGACCCUGCCACCACCCUGCCAAGUCCGGGGCAAGACCUACCUGCCAGGGGCGGUGGUGCCCUCAGAUGAGAACUGCCACUCCUGCGUUUGCACCGAGAGUGGCGUGCAGUGCACCUACGACACCGAGGCCUGUGUCUGCACCUACAACGGGCAGCGUUUCCGUCCCGGGGACAUCAUCUACCACACGACGGACGGAACAGGCGCCUGCAUCUCCGCCCACUGUGGGGCCAACGGCACCAUCGAGAGGAGGGUCCACACCUGCAGUCCUACCACCUCUGUCCCCCACACCACCUUCUCCUUCUCUACACCCCCAAUUGUCGUGAGCUCAACGGGUCCGCCUGGCACGCACCUCAGCCCCACCACGAGCCGACCGCACACGGACAUCCUGAGCAGAGCCCCUUCCACGGCCACGGGCACAUGGCCCUGGCCGGCGCCUUCAACCGCCUCCGUCUCUCCCCAGCCUGGCUGUGGGGAGGAAUGCCAGUGGUCACUAUGGCUGGACAUAAGCCAUCCAGGACGGGGCAUCGACAGUGGUGACUUUGACACACUGGACAACCUCCGUGCCCACGGGUACCAAGUGUGCCAAGCACCGCGGGCGGUGGAGUGCCGAGCCGAGGAUGCCCCCGACGUGCCACUCCAAGCCCUAGGGCAACACGUCGAGUGCAGCCCCACGGUGGGGCUGAUCUGUUACAACAGGGACCAGGUUUCGGGGCUCUGUGACAACUACCAGAUUAGGGUCCUGUGCUGCUCCCCCCGUGCCUGCCCCACCUCCAGUAGUCCAGCCCAGACCACCCCUCCAGAAACUUACAGGACAAGUACCAUGACACCCACCCCAGCUACCACUACACCUGUCCCAGCUACCACGACACCCACCCCAGGCACCACUACGCCUGCUCCAGGUACCACGACACCCACCCCAGCUACCACUACGCCUGCUCCAGGUACCACGACACCCACCCCAGCUACCACUAUGCCUGUCCCAGGUACCUCCACAACCAUGAAAGCAACUCUCUCCACCCCUAGCCCAACGCCAGUUUCAACGACAGCUUCAACCAUAACCUCUGUGUCUACCACCACCCCGGAGCCACCCUCACCUGAGCCCAGUGAGGUCUCCUGUUUAAAAAAGUCAUGCAGCUGGACUGACUGGAUCGAGAGCAGCUAUCCUGGGCCUGACAUAAACAGCGGAGAUUUUGACACUUUUCAGAAUUUGAGAUCCAAAGGGUAUAAAUUCUGUGAAAGGCCCAGCAAGGUAGAGUGCAGGGCAGAGCGCUUCCCCAACACGCCACUGGCGGAGCUGGAGCAGGAUGUGCUCUGCAGCGACACGGUGGGACUCAUAUGCCUGAACAGGAACCAGCUGCCCCCCAUCUGCUACAACUACCAAAUCCGGAUCCAGUGCUGUGAGUGGGUGGACACGUGCAGAGGCAGGACCACCCUGCCCGCAACAUCUGAGGCCACACACUCGACCUCACAUGAAACCAGAACCCAAACAAGCGCCACCAGGACCACUGCAGUCCCCUGGACCUCCACACGACACAGCAGUGCCAGCUCAGCACAUGUGUCCCCAUCUACCAGGAUCAAACCCAGCACACAUGUUGUCACCCCACCCAGGACCACCACCUGCCAGCCACAGUGCACGUGGACCAACUGGUUCGACGUGGACUUCCCAUCGCCCGGGCCCCACGGAGGAGACCUGGAAACAUACAGCAACAUUGUCAGAAGUGGAGAGAGAAUCUGCCGCCGGCCCGAGUACAUCACUCACCUGGAGUGCCGAGCCGAGAACCACCCCGACGUCAGCAUCGAGAGGCUGGGCCAGGUGGUGGAGUGCAACCCCGACGUGGGCCUGGUGUGCCACAACCGGGACCAGACGGGCAGGUUCCAGAUGUGCCUCAACUACGAGAUCCGUGUGCUGUGCUGCGAGCCCCGAGAAGGCUGCCCUACCUUCCAACCUGUCACAGUACCCAGCACCCCAAGUGUGAGGAUCACCAGCCCUACUGAGACCACCUUCCACAUGGGCACAUCCAGGACAACCUCUGUGCCGAAAACCAGGACAACCUCUGUGCCAGAGACCAGCACAACCUCUGUACAGAAAAGCACAGCAACCUCUGUGCCGAAAACCAGUGCAACCUCUGUGCCAAAAACCAGCACAACCUCUGUGCCGAAAACCAGCGCAACCUCUGUGCCGAAAACCAGUGCAACCUCUGUGCCAAAAACCAGCACAACCUCUGUGCCGAAAACCAGUGCAACCUCUGUGCCAAAAACCAGCACAACCUCUGUGCAGAAAACCAGUGCAACCUCAGCUCCUACAACCAGCACCACCUCGGCAGCCACAACCACCACAACCCCUGUUCCUACAGCUGAGACAACCCACCCCACACCUGGGACCACGACCUGCCAGCCACAGUGCACCUGGACCAACUGGUUCGACGUGGACUUCCCGUCUCCCGGGCCCCACGGAGGAGACCUGGAAACAUACAGCAACAUUGUCAGAAGUGGAGAGAGAAUCUGCCGCCGGCCCGAGUACAUCACUCACCUGGAGUGCCGAGCCGAGAACCACCCUGACGUCAGCAUCGAGAGGCUGGGCCAGGUGGUGGAGUGCAACCCCGACGUGGGCCUGGUGUGCCACAACCGGGACCAGACGGGCAGGUUCCAGAUGUGCCUCAACUACGAGGUCCGUGUGCUGUGCUGCGAGCCCCGAGAAGGCUGCCCUACCUUCCAACCUGUCACAGUACCCAGCAUGCCAAGUGUGAGGAUCACCAGUCCUACUGAGACCACCUUCCACAUGGGCACAUCCAGGACAACCUCUGUGCCGAAAACCAGGACAACCUCUGUGCCAGAGACCAGCACAACCUCUGUACAGAAAAGCACAGCAACCUCUGUGCCGAAAACCAGUGCAACCUCUGUGCCAAAAACCAGCACAACCUCUGUGCCGAAAACCAGUGCAACCUCUGUGCCAAAAACCAGCACAACCUCUGUGCCGAAAACCAGUGCAACCUCUGUGCCAAAAACCAGCACAACCUCUGCGCAGAAAACCAGUGCAACCUCAGCUCCUACAACCAGCACCACCUCGGCAGCCACAACCACCACAACCCCUGUUCCUACAGCUGAGACAACCCACCCCACACCUGGGACCACGACCUGCCAGCCACAGUGCACCUGGACCAACUGGUUCGACGUGGACUUCCCGUCUCCCGGGCCCCACGGAGGAGACCUGGAAACAUACAGCAACAUUGUCAGAAGUGGAGAGAGAAUCUGCCGCCGGCCCGAGUACAUCACUCACCUGGAGUGCCGAGCCGAGAACCACCCUGAUGUCAGCAUCGAGAAGCUGGGCCAGGUGGUGGAGUGCAACCCCGACGUGGGCCUGGUGUGCCACAACCGGGACCAGACGGGCAGGUUCCAGAUGUGCCUCAACUACGAGGUCCGUGUGCUGUGCUGCGAGCCCCGAGAAGGCUGCCCUACCUUCCAACCUGUCACAGUACCCAGCACCCCAAGUGUGAGGAUCACCAGUCCUACUGAGACCACCUUCCACAUGGGCACAUCCAGGACAACCUCUGUGCCGAAAACCAGCCCAACCUCAGCUCCUACAACCAGCACCACCUCGGCAGCCACAACCACCACAGCCCCUGUUUCUAUAGCUGAGACCACCCACCCCACACCUGGGACCACGACCUGCCAGCCACAGUGCACCUGGACCAACUGGUUCGACGUGGACUUCCCGUCUCCCGGGCCCCACGGAGGAGACCUGGAAACAUACAGCAACAUUGUCAGAAGUGGAGAGAGAAUCUGCCGCCGGCCCGAGUACAUCACUCACCUGGAGUGCCGAGCCGAGAACCACCCCGACGUCAGCAUCGAGAAGCUGGGCCAGGUGGUGGAGUGCAACCCCGACGUGGGCCUGGUGUGCCACAACCGGGACCAGACGGGCAGGUUCCAGAUGUGCCUCAACUACGAGAUCCGUGUGCUGUGCUGCGAGCCCCGAGAAGGCUGCCCUCUGACCUCCGUGACCCCCACAGCAGAGUCUGCCUCCACGAUUCCUACCGUGACGUGGGCAGCGCCGUCCACCCCCAUAUGCUACUGCAGCGUGUCUGACCAGCUCUACCCUGCAGGAUCCAUCAUAUACCAACAGACAGACCUGGCUGGCCACUGCUAUUACGCUGUGUGCAGCCUGGACUGCCAUGUGGUCAGGCAGACCGGCCAGGCCUGCCCCAGCAGCGCGCCGCCUCCCACCACGGCGACCUCCCCGCCUGGGUCCUCCCCUUCGGCCCCCGUGCCCGUCACUCAGGAGGGAUGCCCAAAUGCCGUCCCGCCAAGAAUGAAAGGAGAGACCUGGGCCAUGCCCAACUGCUCUCAGGCCACCUGUGAGGGCAACAACGUCAUCACCCUGCAGCCGCGCCCGUGCCCGCAGUUGCAGGAGCCAACCUGCGCCAACGGCUACCCCGCCCUGAAGGUGGCAGACGAGGACGGCUGUUGCAUGCAUUACCAGUGCCAGUGCGUGUGCAGCGGCUGGGGUGACCCCCACUACAUCACCUUUGACGGCACCUACUACACGUUCCUGGACAACUGCACCUACGUGCUGGUGCAGCAGGUGGUGCCCGUGUACGGCCACCUGCGCGUGCUCAUCAACAACUACUUCUGUGACGCUGAGGACGGGCUGUCCUGCCCGCAGUCCAUCAUUGUCGAGUACCAGCAGGACCGUGUCACGCUGACCCGCAAGCCAGUGCGAGGGCAGAUGACCAAUGAGAUCGUCUUCAACAGCAAAGUGGUGAGCCCCGGCUUCCAGAAACGUGGCAUCGUUAUCUCCCAAGUCGGCAUCAAGAUGUACGUGACCAUCCCCGAGAUUGGCGUCCAGGUCAUGUUCAGCGGCCUCAUCUUCUCGGUGCAGGUGCCCUUCAGCAAGUUCGCCAACAACACGGAGGGGCAGUGCGGCACCUGCACCAAUGACCAAAAGGACGAGUGUCGCCUCCCUGGGGGAGCAGUGGUGACCUCCUGCUCUGACAUGUCCGGCCACUGGAAGGUGACCGAUCCCAACCAGCCAUCCUGCUACGGGCCUCCCCCGACACCCACUGCAGUCGGGCCCACGACCCCGCCUGCCCCAUGCCCGCCCUCGCCAAUCUGCCAGCUGAUCCUGAGCGAGGUCUUCGAGAUGUGCCAUGCCGUGAUCCCCCCCGGGCCGUACUACCAAGGCUGUGUCUUCGACCAGUGCCACAUGACCACCAGCUCGGACGUGGUGUGCUCCAGCCUGGAGCUGUACGCCUCGCUCUGUGCGUCCCACGGCGUGUGCAUUGACUGGAGGGGCCAGACCAACCACACGUGCCCCUUCACCUGCCCGGCUGACAAGGUUUACCGGCCCUGCGGCCCCUCCAACCCCCCCACCUGCUAUGGCAGCGACAGCACCAGCCUUGUGGCCCUUGAGGAUGCCGGCCCUGUCACAGAGGGUUGCUUCUGUCCAGAGGACAUGACACUUUUCAGCACGACCAUGGACAUCUGCGUGCCCACAGGCUGUCCCAGGUGCAUGGGGCCCCACGGGGAGCCUGUGGAGCCGGGCCACACUGUCCACAUCGACUGCCAGGAGUGCACCUGUGACGGCAGCACUCGGAGUCUGAGCUGCCGGCGGCAGCCCUGCCCCCUGCCCCCCACCUGCCCCGAGCCCGGAUCCGUGCCUGUGCCUGUGGCCCCACAGGCAGGCCAGUGCUGUCCCCAGUACCACUGCGCCUGCAACGCCAGCUACUGCCCGCCACCUGCAGACUGUCCUGAGGGCUCCCACCAGGUCCUGACCUACAAAGAGGGGGCCUGCUGCCCCAGCCAAAAGUGCAGCUGGACCGUCUGCAGUGUGAAUGGCACCUUGUACCAGCCUGGGGCCGUGGUCUCCUCAAGCCCAUGUGAAACGUGCAGAUGCGAGGUGCUCGGCGGUGCCCAGUCGGACAGGUUCAUGAUCAGCUGUGAGACCCAGACCUGCAACACUCACUGCCCCGUGGGCUUCGAGUACCAGGCGCAGAGCGGGCAGUGCUGUGGGCUGUGUGUGCAGGUGGCCUGUGUCAUGAACACCAGUGACACUGCUGCCCACCUCUUCUAUCCUGGUGAGUCCUGGUCAGACCCUGGAAACCCCUGUGUGACACACGAGUGUGAGAAGCACCAGGAUGGGCUUGUGGUGGUGACCACGAAGCAGGCAUGCCCCCCACUCCGCUGUCCUGCGGACCAGGCUCGGCUGAGCGACGAUGGUUGCUGCCUCCUCUGUCCCCAGCCUCAGCCCCAGAACCAGUCCACGUGCGCUGUCUACUACCAGCAGCAGGUCAUCCAGCUACAGGGCUGCAGCUCCAUGGAGCCCGUGCGCCUUGCAUACUGCCAGGGCAACUGUGGGGACACCACCUCCAUGUACUCGCUGGAAGCCAACGCGGUUCAGCACAGGUGCAGCUGCUGCCAGGAGCUGCGAGCCUCGCUGCGCAAUGUGACCCUCAGCUGUGCCGAUGGCUCCCGCCGCGCCUUCAGCUACACCCAGGUGGAGGAGUGCGGCUGCGUGGGCCUGCAGUGCGACCCCCACGGUGACCCCGAGCGCGGCCACUGGAGCAGGGGGGCCCGCGCCCCGCCACUCGCCUGAGAGACAGCCUCCCUCCCAGACAGACAGCUGAAUUCCCUGCAGCCCAGCUUCCCAGGCCAGGACCCUGAGCCCUGGUCCCGGUGGCCCAAGUCCAGGAUGCAUGGUCACCCACCUCUUCCCUCUCCAGUGUCCAGCCUGGGAGGGCGGGCAGGUGGGCGCUCCUCCCAGACUUAAGCAUUGGGUGGGGUCUUAUCAAUGACUGUCACCUGGACGUGCAGUGGGCAGCUCGGCCGGCCACCGGGAGGCAUAGCCUCAUCCUACCUCCACCCUGGGCCUCAGGAAAGGGCCAGCGGUGCCAUAAAUACACUUGGAGCAUUUUGCAA